AGUACAGUACAGUGAAGUAAGAGUGAGAGAGAACAAAAACAAAAACAAACACAAAGCAAAGCACAAAAAGCAAAAGCAAAAAACCAAAAAAAGAAUAAAAAUCGGUGGAGCUUUUAGAUCACAUUUCCUUGGUUUGCAAGCGCUCUCACUCUCACUCAAUGGAAUGUUAGAUUUGCUGUCUGAGAAUACCACAUUUCUCAGAGAGUGGGAUUCGGGUUCGCGUGAUUACUGGUCCUGGCUUUUCUGCAAUGGGAAAAUCACCUGGAAAAUGGAUCAAAGCCGUACUUUUUGGGAAGAAGUCAUCGAAAUCUAAUGUUUCAAUAGGAAGAGAGAAAUUUACAAAUGAGAGAGAGGUCUUGGUUUCUGCCAAGGCAUCGGAAGUUGGUUUGGGUUUGGAUCCUCCUGUGACUUCACAUCUGACCCCCAAUACAAUUGGUAGAAAUGUGGGGAGGUUGGAAUCAGAGAACAAGGAAGCUACAGACUCAUCGCAUGAUGGGGGAAAUGUUUUGCCAGGGAAUCAAGAGAUAGAUGAAGCCAGAUCCACACCCCAAGAUGCACCAUAUGAUCCUGAGAAGAUUAGGCUGGAGCAAGCUGCAACAAAGGCACAGGCUGCUUUUCGGGGUUAUUUGGCUCGCCGGGCAUUUUGGGCCCUCAAAGGCAUAAUAAGGUUGCAGGCACUUAUUCGUGGGCACUUGGUUAGGAGGCAAGGUGUUGCUACGUUGUCCUGUAUGCUGGGAAUUGUCAAGUUCCAGGCACUUGUUCGGGGAAGAAGGGACAGACAUUCUGAUCUUGGGCUUGAAGUACAUAAAAAAUGCAUUCUGGUUAAGCACCAGGAAAACAAGCCUGUGAUUCUUGUUGGAGUUGAUAUGUCUGCACGAAUUGCAAAGCUGUCCCCAAAUGCUUUUGUUCGUAAGCUCCUUGCUUCAUCACCAAAUGUGAUGCCUCUGCAUCUCCAUUAUGAUUCUCGGGAACCAAAUUCAGUCCCUAGCUGGUUAGAACGCUGGACAUCAUCCCGCUUUUGGAGACCAGUUCCACAACCAAAGAAAAUUGUGGACUCAAAAUCUCAGAGAAAGCAGGGUAAUGGUCAAACUGUAGAAGCUCAAAUAGUCAAGUCAAGGCGCACCACCCGGAGACUCCCUGUUUCCAAUGUUGAUGGUGCCUCAGUGCAAGCAACCUCUGAACCCGAGAAACCCAAACGUAACCUGAAGAAAGUUGCCAGCCAUUCAGUAGAUUCAUUACAGGAAAAUCCACAAUAUGAGCUUGAAAAGGUCAAACGUAAUUUGAGGAAGGUUCAUAACCCUGUAGUAGAGAACUCUGUCCAGCCAGAGGUUGAAACUGAGAAACCAAAGCAGAGUAUUGAAAAGGCAUUUACCAAUUCAAGUCAAGAUGUUUUAGAACGGGAAAUGAAUAAUUCUGCUGAGAAAAUCUCUGCUGAGAAAAUGAAAAGAGAGACAACCUUGACUAUGUCCAAAGUGCCUGAUGUAGAAACACCUCCUGAACCAUUAGCGAUGAAAGAGGUAUCUGACUUACCACAUAAUAGUGAUCAAGCUGCAGUGGAAUCAAAGCCUCUAACAGAGAGCUUUGGUAAAGAUAAAAAUACUUAUGGCGACGAAGCUGCAGUGGAGUCAAAUAUUUUAAUAGAGAGCAGUGCUAAAACUGAGAACAUUCCUAUAACAAAUGGAGAGCUGAGCCAAAAGGAAGAUUUGACUAGCAACGAGAAUCAGAAAUCCAGCCGGAAAGCUUCAAUUCCAGUAAAGCAAGAACGUGCAGAGAAUGCGUUACAGAGCAGUCCAACGUUGCCUAGCUACAUGGCAGCAACUGAAUCUGCAAAGGCAAAGCUGAGAGGUCAAGGCUCCCCAAGGUUGGGACAAGAAGUGGUUGAAAAAAAUAACGUCACAAGGCGUCAUUCUCUGCCCUCUUCAACUAAUAGUAAGAUCAGUUCACAGUCACCAAGAACACAGAGACCGGUGCAUUCUGGUGGCAAGGGGGGGAAAUAAAAGCGAAAGAUCUCUUGCGUCUUCAAGAGAUGGAAAUGUGAAGAUAAACCAAGCUGAGUGGAAAAGGUAACCUGUGACCAAAUUUGGGUCUUAAGCCUGAAUGUUUUCUAUGGUGUCAGUAUAAAGAAGAAUUUGGAGAUUUGUUGAUGUCUUACAAAGUUGAUCAUAAGGAGGUUGAAAUUGAUCUGGGAGUUUUUGGUUUGUGUUUGCAAGUCUUCUGAACUGUAAUUGGGACUGUAGUUGGAGGGUGUGUGGGGCCGAGAGCCUUUACUGAUUUUCCUGCAUUUGGGGUGUUUCUGAGUGAAUGUACAUCAUAGGUUUUGAAGUUUCUUGUGUUAUACUUUAAUUCUGACUUUGGUCUGUGUUGACAUGCUUUCUGGCUGUUCAUAGUGUAUUUCAUAGUGGUUAUGAUCUUUAAAUGCACCUUAGUUAUGUUUAAUGUUUUA